AUGAGCUCCUCUCUCGAGGCCAAAAUCGUCGUGCUAGGCGCCCAAGGUGUCGGCAAGACCUCGCUUGUGAAUCGCUACGUUAAGAACACCUUCGAUCCGGCCAACACCACCUCGACCGUCGGUGCGUCGUUUGUCACCAAACGCGUCCUCGACAGUACCUCAGAUACCAUCGUGCGCCUUCAAAUCUGGGACACGGCCGGCCAGGAACGCUUCCGCAGCAUCUCGCGUCUCUACUACCGUGGCGCCAAUGCCUGCCUGCUCUGCUACGACAUUACGGACGAGAAUAGCUUCCGAGAAAUGACGGGCUGGUUGCAGGAGCUGAAGAAGAAUCUGGGAGAUGACAACCCCAUCGUCAUCCACGUAGUGGGCACUAAAUCGGACAUCGUCGCCCUCGAUCCGUCUCGUCGCAAGGUGCCCUUCGAGCGCACCAUCGCCUACGUCGCCGAACAGCUCUAUCCGUCUCAGGCGUCGACUCCGCCACCCACCGCCGGAUAUGGCAACAUAACAACCUCCAGUAGCCUCCACAGCCCGGACAGCAAGCGCAGCAGUGGUUUCUGGGGCCAGGAUAUCGGCUGGGACUGUUGCCACGAGAUCAGUGCCAAGGAUGGCGAAGGCGUCGAGGAAGUAUUCCGCGUCAUCGCCCGCAAGUUGGUUGAGCAGCGAAACAAGCAGCUGGGUGAAUCGAGCUCUUCUUUGGGGGGCGCAGCCAACGGAGACGGUCGUAAUGCCUCUCAUGACCAGGCCGGUAUCGACGGUAAUGGGAGCCUUCGACUAGGUGGUGCUGACAAGCGACGAAGCUGGUUGGGCUUUCCACCUGGGCUGACGAGCGAAGAGAUUCAGUCUCCGACGCAGGCGGCCAAACAGAAAAGCUCAUGUUGCUGA